UCGACAAACAAACCAUUCCUGUUUCUAUCUGAAUGUUAGGAGAGAGGAUCUGGGACUCGGGGUCCCUGGAUGUGUCGGUGCUGUGCCUGCUGUGGGUCGUUCUGGACUCUGAGCAGACCCAACCUGAGCUGCUGCUGUCGGGAGGAAGUGACAAACGUGUGAGGGUCUGGAAGAGAAAGCUGACAGAGGAGGGGCUGCUGGAAGGCCUGGAAAUGGUGUCAAUGUUUGGUGUAACGGGCGGCAUCCUGGCAUUCACACAGAACUCCACUAGCCUGGCUACAGCUUCAGAAAGCUUUCCCAUUGCUCUGUGGAAGUUGAGCAAUCUGACCUUUGACUGGUCUGACUUUGAGCCUUAUGAGGUCCUGAGGGGCCACAUUGGGGGGGUCACCUGUCUGGCGUUCAGCCCUGAUGGUGGACAGCUUCUCUCCGGUGGAAAAGAUCAGGCUCUGAUGGUGUGGGACGUGAGCUCGUCUCCUGCUGUCCUCUCUAAGUCGCUCCCUCACUCUCACAAAGACUGGAUCACCGGCUGCGUUUGGACUCCAGACUGCGUGAUAAGCACUUCAAACGACGGGAGGCUUUGUUUAUGGGAUCUGCAGGCGGGCCAAUGUCUCAGAGAAAUCUCCUGGAAGAAUCCUCUCACAUCUGUCUGCUGUCUGGGCCGGUAUGUGAUGGCUGGCUGUUCAGAGGGAGCACUACAUGUGUGGAACUGGGAAACAAGCACAGAGAUCUGCCACAUUGCUGCACACAAGCAACACAUUCACCACUGCUCCCUCCUACCAAAUACAGGUGAGGCUGCUGGGAAAUGAGUGCAUGUAUCCGGUGUCGAUAAGCGUGUCUGCGUUGUGUUGAUGUUGUUGAUGGAUGAGACCCGAGCCAGCAUACAGUCGAGGCGAUCUCCGUUUAUUCACUGACAAUCUGACAAUAUACAACAAAUCAGUCGUU